AGGCUGAUCUCCAACUUGUAAAAUUACCUAAUCCGGUAAUCAUGGCUAACCAUCCGGCAUCAAACUUCAACCAUCUUCAACACGGCGGAGACGGACAGCGGCAGACCGAACAGAUCCUCGCUGCAGCACUGUGUGAGCUGUUGUUUCCGCACGAUUCGCAAAGUAUUCUAGGAUGGCUACUCCGAUGGUGAGCGGGCCCUUGCACAGCGAGGGCCGAAAAUCUACAUAUACCACUACGGCGCUCAAACGAUGGUCAUGCCAAAGCGGUGGCGAACUACCUGCUGUCGCCCAGGUCAAAGCCAUCCAUGUCUACGAUUUUGAUAAUACCUUAUUCUCGAGUCCCCUUCCAAACCCGCAGCUAUGGAACGGCCCGACGAUUGGUUUUCUUUCUACCUACGAAUGUUUUGCUAAUGGUGGUUGGUGGCAUGAUCCCAACAUUCUUGCGGCUACAGGAAAGGGCAUGGAAGUAGAGGAGACUACAGGGUGGAAGGGAUGGUGGAAUGAGCAAAUAGUACAAUUGGUGGAGCUUAGCAUGCAGCAAAAGGAUGCACUUACUGUUCUGCUCACUGGACGGGCAGAAGGUCCAUUCGAAAACAUUAUCAAACGGAUGGUGAAGAGCAGAAAACUAGACUUUGAUUUAGUCUGCCUAAAACCAGAAGUCGGCCCCAAUAGCCAACGGUUCUCCUCAACAAUGAACUUCAAGCAAACUUUUCUGGAAGAUCUAGUUCUCACCUACAAACAUGCCGAUGAGAUCCGAGUAUAUGAAGAUCGGAUUAAGCAUGUUAAAGGGUUUCGCGAGUACUUUGAAAAGCUCAAUCGAUCUUUACAACUUGGCCCACCCUCUACCCCACGGAAACCCAUUAAUGCCGAAGUUAUUCAAGUUGCUGAGGAGGCUGCUUUCCUCCCCCCCGUCGCCGAAGCCGCUGAGGUCCAGCGGAUGAUCAACUCCCAUAAUAAGGUUUUAACUUCGACGUCGGGUAAUACAACCAAAUCGCCAUACGGACGGUUAAGGAUAAAACGCACAGUUUUCUUCACAGGGUAUCUCCUAUCCAAUACAGAUUCGUCCCGUAUCAUAAAUUAUGUUUUAAACCCAUUGAUACCUCCUAAUAUGCCCGAUUCGAACGAUAUUAAGUACAUGGCCAACUCCAUCCUGAUUACGCCGCGCCCAAUAUCAAACUCCAUUCUUGAUAGAGUCGGCGGCAUGGGGAAGACCGUGCGCUGGCGAAUCACCGACACAGGCGUGUUUGAAAACAAACUAUGGGCCGCUAGGGUAACACCAGUCCUAGACUCAGAAAUCAUCUACACCGAAAACCCAGAGCCACUCAUGGUCCUCGCCAUGCGCAAGGGCGCACGGCCCGCGGACGCGAACCGGAUCCGUAACUGGCAACCUGUCAUAGAGGACAACGCUCUCGUCUUCGACGCAACCGUCGGGCAGAAGAUGGCGCUAAUGAUCGAAGAGGAACACCCGGAUGAAGGCGAGUGGGAGACGCUACCGAAGAGUAACAAUAAACGUAGACUUGUCCAGCAAAACCUCCGGGAUGACGAAGGCGCGCCGCUACCGUCGUACUUGAGGGACUGGAACAACAAUAACAACAACAGCCCAAACAACCCUAACUUGCGAGACCGCGAGCCGGUUCCCCGCAAUUACGCGCCACAUCACCAUGUUCAUGUACCCCAUGGUCCUAGUCAUGGCCAGCAAGAAUUCCCACCUUACCAUCGGAACAAUCCCCCCUAUUCACGCCAUCAUGGCGAGGGCGGCGUUGGCGGUGGCGGUAGCGGUGGCGGUGGAGGUGGAGGUCGACACUAUGGAGACGAAGGAGGAGCUCCCCCUCGCCGCGGUGGAGGCGGCGCAGGCUCUAAUUAUCGAGGAAGUCGCGGACGUGGUCGCGGCGGACGUGGACGGGGACGUGGUCGUGGAGGAGGAGGGGGUGGUGGGCGAGAUGGCCCACCUGGUUCCCAUCAAUAUCGGUCACUAGAUGACCAUGCAGCCGGCGGCGGCUCGGGCGGCGGCGGUGGUGGGCAUGAUGGGCAUGGCACGGGCGAUGAGAGGGGCUUUGGAGGGGGUGGGGGCCCGGUUAUGAAUUAUUGAUCUCUGGGUACUACUGCUUUGCUUUGUUUUCCUCCUACACAAAAAUUAAUGGGUUUGUUCGAUGAUCUUUCUUCAUUUUUCAUUUCCUUUGCAUUGUCCCAUUACGUAUACUAUUCUCUACUAUUCUUUCUCCACUACGUAUGAACUUUCAACUCAGCCCCCUUUCCCCCCCCCCCCCCUUCCCCCAUCCAAAUCCAUAUCUCCGAGCGCAAAAAAGCCCACACCCUCGAUUUUCUGCUUCCCUCUUUUUGAAGUCCGAGUUCGUAUGAAAUGUCUUUCCUAUUUCCUUUUUUCUCCUAUGUAUAUAUAUAUCUUGGUCUUCCUCGUCCUCUCUCCUAUUUGUUUUUUAACUAUCUCAUAUUUUCCAAUAUUUAUAUAGCUUCUUCAUAGCUUAACUAUCAACGCUGCCUUUAAGUUAUAUAUAUUCCA